AUGACUAUCACUGUUGGUGUCGCGGGUAUUACGGGUAAAUUUGCGCGACUGGUUGUAAAGAACCUCUGCAACUCUCCUGAUGUCCAGAUUCGGGGCCUCUGCCGCAACUCAUCAAAGCUUCCGGAGCAUUUUCGGAGAACCCCCCGGGUGAGCAUCAUUGAAGGCGAUUCCACCGAUCUGGACACACUGCGCCGCUUCGCUCACGGCUGCGACGUUGUGAUCUGCUGCUAUCUUGGUGACAAUGAUUUUAUGACCAAUGGUCAAAAUUUACUUGUUGACGCCUGUGAUUUGGAGAAUGUUAGCCGCUAUAUCGCUAGCGACUAUUGCUUGGACUUCACGAAGCUGGAGCUCGGCCAGCAUCCGGCUAAAGAUCCUAUGAAGCACGUCAAGGCACAUCUAGAAACAAAGUCCAAUGUAAAAGGUGUGCAUGUGCUUAUCGGAGCCUUCAUGGAAACCUUCUGGAGUGGCUACUUCGGUGUUUGGGACCCAGGGGCCUGCAAACUCAAUUACUAUGGCAAUGGUGACGAAUUGUGGGAGUCUACCACAUAUGAAACUGCUGCUCAAUAUGUUUCAGCUGUAGCAAAGGACCAAAAUGCAGUCGGUAUGCAGCACUUCCUUGGCGAUCGCCGAACAAUCCAGGAAAUUGCUCAGGACUUCGCGGAUGUCUAUGGAAAGAAGCCUCGGCUUGAACGCCUUGGCUCAUUGGAGGACCUCUACAACAAGAUGCAGACAACUUUUCAAAAGGACCCGUCCAACUUCUUCGCGUAUAUCGCCAUGUUCUACCAGUACUACUGCACCAAUGGCCAAACGUAUUUAAAAAAGAACCUGGAUAAUUCCAGAUAUCCAGAAGUCAACCCCGUUACCUUCAAGAGGUUCCUCCAAGCUCACAAAAUGGAAGAUCUUACCGAUGCGUAUCAGAAUGCGGGCUCCAAUAUCUAG